AUGUCGUCUAUGUUGCUCAAUCAUUCCUCUAUGUCCUAUCGUGGAGGCGGGGACCGGGAAGUUCAUCUUUUCCCCCGAAGAAAAGUUGGACAACAAGUCAUUCCGCACAAGGGAAGACGACCUCUCGUGAUCGAUUUCUCGGUCCUACAAUCCCUCUUCGAUAUUCCACAACUGCAAGCCAGCAAGCGACUCGGCAUCUCCCUGACCGCGAUGAAGCAGCUCUGCAGAAAGCUUGGCGUGAGCAGGUGGCCAUAUCAGAAACCCGGGAAAAAGGGGAAAACAAUCAGGAGAAAAAGCCAACAGCUGAGCCCUGCAGCAUUGGGCGAGACCAACUCACUACCGGUUGCUGAACAGCCCGUGCAAAGUUUGGUGAGCAAGAUUGAGAACGGCAGUGCAGCACAACAAAAUGAGUCUCUGACCCCAGAGGUUGAAAUCAAGAAGGACGAGGAGACACUGCCCACAAUGCAGGAGGACAACAUUGCUUGCAUGCUGGGCGUCAACUCAGUGGACGAUUCAGCCGACGACGAUGAUUCGAACUACCUCUCAUCAUCGUCCUUGUCCGAAUACGAGAACGAUGUUCUGCCGCAAAUGGAAAUACGUCCUGAUCAACUGGCCUGUGCGGAGUGCUUGCCUCUCGAACCGGAUUGGAUCGCAUGGUACAUGGCUCAUGAUGGCAACGUUUCGAUUUAUCCGCCAUUCGAAGCUUUCUGUGGACUGUGA